AUGGAUCUAGCGCUGGACGUUGGGGGUGAUGACGAGCUAAGGGAUGAUCCUGAAGAGAAUUAUCCCACUUCCUCAACUGCUGCUGCCGAAGCUCCUGUGGACUUCGUUGCCGUUGAGAGCUUCCUACCCCCGAAUCUGGUCGAGAGGUCUAGGGAUAUGUAUUUGUACUUUCUUUCCGUUGGCAUUAAUUUUUUAUUCCUUUUUUGGGCUUGGCUUCGGUUAAUUUUCGGGUGGUGUAGGAAACUAGCCGAGCUCGGCUACAAGAGGAGCGCAAAGAAGUGCAAGGAGAAGUUUGAGAACGUUCACAAGUACUACAAGCGGACCAAAGAAGGCCGCGCCGGCUGCCCAGGAACGGAGCAAGAGCUACUGCUCCUUCAGGCCAGCUUGGAAGACCCUUCACAAAACCACUCCCGUCGACCCAGAUGCCGACCGCUCCGCCGGGUAGCCUUAAUUGCUGCUCGUUGUUCCCGCAACGAGUCAGCUAGCCCCCCUCCUCCGUUCAGCUUCGGUGCGAUCGGCGAUAAGGGCCCAGCCGAUGCAGAUCUCUGCGCCGACCCCGUAUCAGCGACACGUGCCGCCGCGCCGCUCACAGGCGCCGCCGCAGCAGCCGAUGAUUGGCCUCACUGCUUCUCGACGAAUUCCUCCUCGUCGAUUGGUGUUCCCCGAGUCGUGACGACGAGACGAGGCUACGGAGGAGGGGCCGAGCGGCGGGAAGUCGCGAGAGCGGCGGGACGGCGGCGGCGAGCAGCGGGGGCGGCCGGAAUGAUGAUGGCCUUCUUCGACGGGCUGAUGACAUCGUCAUCCCGAUGGCCCAAAUCUGAGGUCAUCGCCUCAUCAAACUCCGCAGCGGGCUCGACCAAUCGCUACAAGAAUCAGGCCAAAGGGCCACUAUGGAGGGAGAUCUCAGCGGGGAUGCAGCGGCUCGCGUACAGCCGCAGCGCGAAGAGAUGCAAAGAGAAGUGGGAGAACAUCAACAAGUACUUCAAGAAGGUGAAGGAGAGCAACAAAAAGGAGGAAAACGAGGAUGCGAAGAACCUGCCAUACUUCCACCAGCUGACGCUUUGGUACCGCAGCAAAUACAUGACCCGCAGCAGCAGCAGCGACAGACGCACGCCGGCAUUGAUCUCAAGAGACCGAAGACCAACGAGCAGCAACAAGGGCCAGGAGGAGGUUGCAGAGCAAGAACGGCAAUGGCAAUGUGCGGAACGCUGGGCCUCGGCGGCUGGCGCCCCAGUAACGGAGGAAUUGGCGUCAGCUUUUCGGAGAGCGGAGCUGCGCACCGCGGCGGUGACAAAGUGGGUUAUGAAGAAGCCAGAAGACAUCGUGAAGGAGCUGAUGGGCGGUGGGCAGUCGAACAACAACGACUACGGCGACAGCGACAACAUGGACGAUGACGAGGACGAGGACGACGAGGACGAGGACGACGAGGACGGGAACGGGCAGUUCAGAAUCCAGUUCCAGAGGCAAAAUGUCGGGGUCCGAUAAUUAACAGGGAAAAGCCGGCGAAAUCCUCAGUACUUUCAUCAUCAUCAUCAUCAUCCUUUUCUUCUUCGUGCUCAUGUUGUUGCUGUUGUCUAUCUAAAAUUAUGUAGCAGUGUCAUGGUGUUACCAUUUUCAAUUUCAUUUAUUUGUUGUGGAAUAAGGAUACUCUCCGCUCAAGGGAACAGCCAAGGGAUACCCAAAGGAAUAAGCUAAACCACUAGUAUUACAAACUUAUACCAACAUAUAUAUAUAUAUAGAGAGAGAGAGAGGGAGAGAGAAUCAAAAGAAAUUUGGAAAAUUGUGGGAUUAAGAGAGAGAGAGCUUAAAUUAUUAUGUCCAAACUAAGAGCAAAAAAAGCUAGUGGGGCAAGAAGAGAGGCUGGUGUUUUGGCGCGGGGAUUUUUUUUUUUGUUAUGUAAUUUUUUUUUUUGGGGUCAUAAAAAUUGGUUACUUAUGAUAAUGGGUCUUGAUGUUGGUUUGUACACUGUUACAAAGACAAUGUACAUGUUUUUCCUUCUUCUUAUUUUUACAUUAUUUUUACUAGUCGCUAUUGUACGCUGUUGUAUUAUGAUCGCCAAAUUAUCAGUUCAUGUAUUUAUUUUACAA